GUGCGGUGUGAGAUGGACUGUGGUACUCGGCGGGUGGGUGCGGGCCCGAUCGGCCUUCGCCCCAGGACUGGCCAUGGCGUUGCGUGGCAUCAGGGUGGUGGAGCUGGCGGGCCUGGCCCCGGGGCCGUUCUGCGGGAUGGUCCUGGCGGACUUCGGAGCUCAGGUGGUGCGUGUGGACCGGCCGGGCUCCGGGGGCGACGUGAGCCUCCUGGGCCGGGGCAAGCGCUCGCUGGUGCUGGACCUGAAGCAGCCGCGCGGAGCCACGGUGUUGCGGCGCAUUUGCGCACGCGUGGACGUGCUGCUGGAGCCCUUCCGUUGCGGUGUCAUGGAAAAACUCCAGCUUGGGCCAGAAACUCUACUGAAGGUCAAUCCAAAGCUCGUCUAUGCCAGGCUGAGUGGAUUUGGCCAGUCGGGAAGUUUCUCCAAGGCAGCUGGCCAUGACAUCAACUAUGUGGCUUUGUCAGGUGUUCUGUCCAAGAUUGGCAUAAGUGGUGAGAACCCAUACCCACCGUUGAAUCUCCUGGCUGACUUUGGUGGUGGUGGCCUCAUGUGCACUCUGGGCAUUGUGCUUGCCCUCUUUGAACGCACACGUUCUGGCCAAGGUCAGGUCAUCGAUGCGAACAUGGUGGAAGGAACGGCAUACUUAAGUUCUUUCCUGUGGAAGACUCAGCACAUGGGGCUGUGGGAACAGCCACGAGGACAAAAUAUGUUAGAUGGCGGGUCACCUUUCUAUACAACCUACAAGACAGCAGAUGGGGAGUUCAUGGCCGUUGGCGCAAUAGAACCCCAGUUCUACAAGCUGCUGGUCAAAGGACUUGGACUCAAGUCUGAUGAACUCCCCACCCAGAUGAGCAUAGCUGAUUGGCCGGAAAUGAAGAAGAAAUUUGCAGAUGUGUUUGCAAAGAAGACCAAGGCAGAGUGGUGCCAGAUCUUUGAUGGGACAGAUGCAUGUGUGACCCCAGUGCUGACCCUUGAGGAGGCCCUCCACCACAGUCACAGCAGGGAACGGGCCUCAUUUAUCACUGACGAGGAGCAGCAUGCAAGCCCCCGUCCUGCGCCUCAGCUGUCCAGAACCCCAGCCACCCCUUCUCUGAAAAGGGAUGCUUAUGUAGGAGAGCACACCGAAGAGGUUCUUAAAGAAUUUGGGUUCAGUCAAGAAGAGAUAUAUCAGCUGCUCUCAGAGGGAGUCAUUGAGGGUAGUAAGCCAAAAGCCAACCUCUGACUCUCACGACUCAAGGAAGCUGAAGGCGGCAUUUACACUGGAGGAUGACACCCACGAUGGUAUGUAUGGAAAUGUGGAUGAGCAGUAAUGACGUGAUCCAAGCAUUCCAAUCGAGACACAACCAAAGACUGAUUGCAGAGUAAUGAUUGCAUUCUGAAUCUGCUCUUCCAAGCCUCUGAUUGAGGAAUAUUUUUAUGUGUGCACUGAUAUUAACUUGUCACAGUCUUUCUGCCUUUCAGUUCACUUGAUAACAUGUAUUCAUUGAUAUUAAAGCCCUUAUAUAAAUAUAGAGAUGAUAUAUUUUAAAUAAAGUGAUGUAAUUUUAAUAAAUAAAGUUUCCACCCCCCUCCUGGAAGCAAAUAGUAUUUUUCAGUUGUAAAAGCAUUCUAGAAGGCCCCUUAAAUUCCAUUUAAUAGCAUUUUCUGAUGCAUUGGAAUAUUUGAGCACUACUGUUAACAAUAUUGCAUAGCCCUUAAAAUAGUUGAACACUAUUUCAUUCACUCCUUGUCUUUGAACUCAGGUAUUAGGAAACAGUCCUGAAGUUUUUUUCAUAAAACCCUGCUUCAGAUCAGUGUACUGAAUUCUAGACUGUGUGUGAGUAGCCUAGUGGCCUGUUCUCCAUCACCUGGCAGUUAACUGUCCUGUAUCCAAUGAAAGUCUGCUAAGCUCCUCCCACCAAUGUCUGCCUCUGUACUGAUCCUGUCUCCAUCUGCCCCAGAAGUCCUUCUGCUUAUGCUCUCUAAAAUCACAAUAAGCAGCUUUAAUUAAGCAAAUAAGUAAGUCAGGAGGUAUUCCACGGGCAGCAUGGAGAACAACCAGUGCGAAGAAGAUGUCCUAAUGCUGAGCUGCACAUCAUUGAGAGUCAUGACUGACAGCUAGGAUGACCUCCAGGAGCAAAGUGAACAUCUCUUCUUUGGACGUCUCUAUUACAGCUUAAAGAUGCUAAUGGUUUUGUCUGCCUUAGCCUUGGGUCAAAGAGUCAUGGUUUUCCCUGCCCAGUGCUGGAGUCUACAUUUUUAUAGGAACCUAACCUCUGAUCUCUUAAUGUUCUUUUCCAUUAAAAAAGUAUUGAUUUUUGAAA